UGCGUUAUCUCAUAUCUACUCUGGGUCCAGCUGCCUUAGGGAAUAAAUGGGCCGGCCUGGCAUAUGAUCCCCAUCAACACAUCCCUGGAUCCCAUUCCAAAACAUUCACAGUCACGGAGCGGCAGCAAUGACUGAGAUUCUGGAGGAGCGGCCUUUCGGCUUGCAGUAUACUAACGUCUAUCUCUCAAUUUUCAUUCUCUUUUGCUUCAAGCUCUUUGUCAAGAUCAGCUUAAAUAUACUGACCCACUUCUAUGUGGUUAAAGGAAACCGUAAGGAGGCGGCCCGGAUUGCAGAAGAGUUCUAUGAUUUUGGACAAGGGCACCGUUCAUGGGCGGAUCGAUCCCCACUUCACGAAGCUGCGUGUCAGGGUCGACUACUGGCACUUAAGACCCUUCUCUCACAGGGUUACAAUGCAAAUAUCAUCACCAUUGAUCAUGUGACUCCACUGCACGAAGCUUGUCUCGGAGAUCAUGUAGCGUGCUCCAGGGCUCUCAUAGAGGCCGGUGCCAAUGUAAAUGCCACCACCAUUGAUGCCGUGACCCCUCUGUUCAACGCCUGCUCAGCAGGAAGUGUCACUUGCACUGGAGUACUAUUGGAACAUGGAGCAAAACCACAGGCGGAAGCAUGCCAACCUUCACCUAUUCAUGAGGCCUCCAGCAAAGGCAGGGCAGCAUGUUUGGAGGCUCUCAUCUCAUGGGGAGCGGAUGUAGAUUAUGACAUCCCACAUUUAGGAACGCCGCUCUACAUUGCCUGUAUCUCCAGGGAACUCCAGUGUACACAGAAACUUCUGGACGGAGGUGCCAAUGUACAGAAGGGCCGUUUUUUGGACACACCCCUUCACGCUGCAGCACAGAAGGACUGCCCAGACAUCAUAAAAGUGCUACUAGACUUUGGAGCUAACAUCAACGCUCGCAACGUGGAGCUACAGAGGCCGGUGGAGACAGCGCCUCCCAGAAGCACAGCAGAGAGCAUGCUUCUGCUUUAUGAGGCCACACCGAGGUCUCUGUGUCAGUUGUGUAGACUAAGCAUUCGAAACUACAUGGGCCAAUCCAGAAUGCAUUUGAUCCCUCAUCUCAAACUUCCUAAUCUUCUGAAGAGUUUCCUUCAGUACAGAUAGACCUCUACCUCUCCACAAAACCUCCCUCUAUUUUUCUCUAUUUUCUAAUAUUAAGUGCAUUAAUAUAUCUCAAUGAUAGGUCACCUAACUUGCCACUCUUGCCAUUCAUUUAACCUCUGUAAGUAAAAAGCAAUAUAUUUUUGUGCAAAUGAUAAACAUUAGUUCUAUUUUGUUUAAUGAAAUCUUUACAAUAUGUGCAUCAAUGUUACCCGCAUGUUUUUGUCUACUAUGAUACCAUUUUACCUGGAAAUGGAUCUGCUAAUGUUAUGCCUUGAUGUGCAAUGCAAGCAAUAAGGCAAUUUAUAUAUUUUUAAUCAUUCUAAUCUUUAACAAGGAAACAAUUACAGCAGGAUGCACAAAAAUGAUACUGCUGUGGUUUUUGCAGUGUUCUAUUGAUCCUAUUACACUUUAACAACAAAUUGUGUGAAUAAGAUUGUCACUAAACAUUUUUGCCAAAACACAUCAUGAAAAGAAACAUAACAAAUAAAUGCAAAUAUUUAAAACUUGA